AGUGGUGAAGCUGCAUGGCCCAGCGUCGUGAUUGGGCACCGAGACAAGACUUCGCAUGACUUUGCUUGAUCAGCUGCGCGCCUAACAAUCCCCUGCAGCGACCUGCAUGCCACGCUGAACAACUCACCGCUCGAUGACGCAGGAAUCAAGCCUCAUCACCACCUCACUGGACUCGUCGACCGUGUUGGUUGGUUCGGGCUCCGGCCGGGGUUGAAAUUUUCGGGGCUUGCUUUGCUUCGACAAUUCCAGCCCAUCAGAGGAUGCCACGGACACCACACCAAGCCAUGAAGCCGGUGAUUUGGGCUCAGGGGCUGCUCCAUUCGGCGGGCGAAGACAUCUAACUUUAUCAAGCUUUCCUUCCUGUCCCUGAGCGCGGUCGCUAUUGACUCUUCUUGGCGCAGCUUUUGUUGAUCGACUUGCUCCUCCUGAAAACGCGAGUGUCUCAAGAUGCGCCAACAUCAUCGCAUUUGCAUCGCGAUACUUCAGCUGCUGGCCUUGGUGUCAGCGCAAGAGUACCAAUUCUUCAGAUGGAAUGUCCCAGGAGCCAAUCUGGCGGCCGACAAUGUCUACCGCCGUCAGUCGCCGCCGCCCGGUUACCACCCGGAGUUCGGUUCCUGCGGCAGCGGAAGAACCUGCGAAGAUGCCUGCGGGCCGAACUGGAUCUCCUGCCAGGCGUCGACGAGCCUCUCGCUCUUCUGCUACAACCAGGUCGAUCUGAACCAGACGUGUUGCGAGAAUGGAUCAGGCCGUGCUUGCGACAGUGGGUACUACUGCGCAUGGCAAACAUUUGGCGGGAGGGUGUGGUGCUGCGAGAAUGGGCAAAGUUUAGAGGAAUGCGGUGUCCCCGCGGGCGCGUCUACAACGGCAACAAACACGCCCACAUCCUCUGGUGAUAAUAACCCCGACUCGUCGACUUCGACAUCUGAGUCUCCAACGUCAGGUCCGUCAAGCGAGUCGACAACCGCUCGGGCGACCCUGUCCGCGACCGAUUCACGCUGCCCCGCAUCUACUGUAACUUUGUGGGCAACGACAACAAUAAUGUCGACCUUCAGCCUUGCAGCCACCACGGUGACGGUAACAAUACCGGGUCCGGGUUGGGAAUGCUCCUCGUCAACUUCUUCAUCUCAUGGCGGACCAUCCGGCAGCGCCUCGGUCUCUGGCACUGUCACCGGGCCGCCAUCGUCCUCUUCGACGUCUUACGGACCGCCGGCUUCCAACGCAACUUCUACGCAAACAGUAGUCACAGCUUCCGCCAGAAUGUUGACCGUUAACCCCCUGAUCGCUGGCUUGGUCUUGGUUCCGUUGCUCUGGCUUUAAGCAAAGCCUGUUGAUGGGACCGAGUUGUUUCACGUGUCCGUGGUGAAAGUUGGAUGGCACUUUUCUCUCAAGACCCCUUCUUCUUUUGCAAAUACAGUUCGAUACCCCGCUUGCGUUUUGUGGUAACGAUAGCAGUUUUGAGUUAUCUAGAAUUCGAUAAUAAAGAUGAGACAGAGUUACGGGA